AUGUCCGGAAACUUUACGUUUCCAACCAGUACUGAAUAUCAAUUCAUCGUGGCGGAUCUGGUUAAUGUAACAUGGGACAUUACUGCCCCUAGAUUGGCACUCUACGAGACAUGCGCCAACAACUACAGCUAUGUGUGGAUAGCAACGCGCAAAGACUAUGUUGAAGAUGGAUGCACCUUCAUGCUCCAACCUUUCACAGAGCAGGGCGAAGCCUACGGCAACAACAUAACAAGUGUGACAUUUGGUGUUUCAGAGAGGUAUACGGAUGAUCCCUCACCGGUUUCAUAUAACUUCAUUACCACUUCUCCGACUGCGUCUGCGACCACAACAACACGAGUUUCUGCGACACCUCUUACCACCAGCACCAGUGCUACUGAUAACACCGAAAAGUCUCUACAGAGUCACGGAGUAUCCAAAGCCAGCAAAAUUGGAAUUGGCCUUGGUGUGGCAUUGGGUAUACUGCUUUUGGCGAUCGGCGGAUGGUUGCUUUACAAAUUUCGAAUGAAAAGCCGAACAGGGCGGACCCAGGCCACUCCUGUCAUGAACCAAACAGACGACGGGAUUGCUCCUCUUCCUGGAUUUGAGCGCAAAGACGCGUUGAAUACGCGGCUAUCACAAACAGAAACAGUUGGGGAUAUUUCACAGUUGUCGUCUGAUAAUGAAAGGUUGGCUGUUGGGAAUGAGAACCGUUUAAGCGAAUUAAUGUCUACUACGCGAGCAGAGCUGUAUUGA